AGGUGCUGUGCGGAGGGAGUGUGAACGACGGGAAUGUGGAGACACCGGCACGCAGAAAUAUUAUCCGUAUCGUGAGACACGAAACGGUUCGGUAGUCGGCUCAAUUAAAAGCGCAAAUCACACACAAUGGAUGAACUUGAUGACCGUGAUGGAAGUGCUGUUAAGUCUCCGAUCAGAAGACUGGGAUCCACUCGCAAGUUGCUGGUCCUUAAUAAUAUUCGAGCCCAGCUGUCAGAACAGCUGCGCUGUCUGGACUGCCGGUUGGAGUCUCAGGUGUCCCUGGUUGAAGAGCUAAAGGACUACUUCAGGCGUCGUGCUGAAGUGGAACUAGAUUACAGCAAGAACCUAGAGAAACUUGCUCGUACCCUGCAGAUGAGACACAAGGAACAGCGCCAAAAACGAGAACAAUGGCCACUCUUCUCUAGCUACUCCUGUUGGCAGCAGCUUAUCACACAGACUAAGAAUCUGAGCAAAGACCAUGCAGUUCUGUCUGACAUAUACUCCACUCAUGUUGUGGGCCGUUUCACGCAGGUUGCAGAGGACGUACAACGCAUUUAUCGGAGGUGCCGGGAGAUUGGCUAUGAAACGCAUGAAGAGAUCUUGCGUGUACUUCACGAACUUCACACAACAAUGAAAACUUACCACAGCUAUCAGGCAGAGUGCCGGCAAGCUGAAACAAAACUCAGAGUUGCAGAAGCACAGCGAUUGAAGCUUGAACAAAGUCUGCCGAAGGACAAGCUUGACCGUUCCAAGAAGUACCGCCUGAUUGAAAAAGAAGUACAAAAGCGCAAGAACAAGUACAAUGACGCCAAGCUGAAGGCACUUAAGGCCCGUAAUGAGUACGUGCUAUGCCUUGAAGCCUCUAACACUACUAUUCACAAGUAUUUUGUUGAUGAUCUCUCUGACCUAAUAGACUGCAUGGACUUUGGUUUCCACAACUGCAUUUCUCGAGCACUCUUAAUGCACGUGAGUGCAGAGGAAACAUGUGCACGUUCUCUGCAAGUGGGUCUGGACCAGAUGACAAGUUCUGUUGGUGCUCUCGACUCGCGACUUGAUAAGCAGAGGUUUCUUGAGGCUCAUCACUCAGCCUUCCUCAUCCCAAAGAAGUUUGAGUUCCAGGGUCAGCGAGACGAGUGUGCUGACAGUGAGCUACAGAAGUCCCUCCGUGAUGAACUUGAUGCACGACUGCGACAGUUGCAGAAUCGUGUCACAUCCUUAAGGACUGAAUCUGAAGAAGUGUGGAAGACAUUAGAAACUGCAGAAUCUACUCUGCUGGAGAUGCUGGAUGCUCGUGACUAUGACUGUACCUCAUACUUCAACGAAUCCACUACCAGUGCUGCAGUCACAACACGACAGCCUGAAGCGCUGUCCCUUAAAUUACGAGCAGAUCGCCAUGAGACUGAAGAGUUUUACAUGACGAAAUUCAGAGAGUACCUGAUGAGCACAUCUCGUAUUGCCCGAUUGGACGCAAAGCAGGAGUACCUGAGAGGACUUUUGGAGAAGGAACGUUCAGGAGAUGGCUCUCCGACAUCCUUACGAUCAGGCACAGGGGCUGGUCCCCCUGGUUCAGGGAAUGGAAAGCCGCCACGUCGAAAACGGAUAGGUCGGCCUCAGUUGGGUGGUCAUGGGCAACCAAAGUUAUUUGGAGGGAGCCUGGAAGAGUUUUUGGAAGCCACGGGUCAUGACAUUCCUUUGGUGUUGAAGAGUUGCAUAAGGGUUAUCAACUUGUAUGGUCUUCAUCACCAGGGAAUAUUUAGAGUGUCUGGUUCCCAAGUGGAGAUAAACAAUUUCAGGGAUGCAUUUGAACGUGGAGAAGACCCACUGGCUGAUGUUACUGAUGCCUCGGAUAUAAAUUCAGUGGCAGGAGUGCUCAAACUAUACUUGAGAGAGCUUCGUGAACCUCUCUUUCCAAUAAUAUAUUUUGAGCAUUUCAUGGAAUUGGCACAGCUGGAGUCUAAACAUGAGUUUGUUGUGAAAAUGCGAGAACUAGUCCAGAGCCUUCCGAGAUCUGUGGUUAUUGUAAUGAGAUAUUUAUUUGCAUUUCUGAACCAUCUUUCAGAGUUCAGUGAUGAGAACAUGAUGGAUCCAUACAAUUUGGCAAUUUGCUUUGGUCCCACAUUAGUACCUGUGCCAGAAGAAAAGGAACAGUAUCAAGUACAGUACCAGAAUCAAGUUAAUGAACUCAUCAAAAACAUAAUACUUUACCAUGAGGAUAUAUUUCCACUUGAUGGAGGGCCUGUAUAUGAGAAAUUUAUUAGUAAAGAACCAGAUGAAAAUGAUGUUGGUGACUCUCCAUCUGACCAUAUCCCGGAGGACAUGGAUUCUGAAGUGUAUCCUUCAGAGGAUGAAUCAGAAUGCAUGGAGGCGACUGCACAGUUUGACUUCAUGGCACGCUCAGAUCGUGAACUGAGCUUCAAAAAAGGAGACCACUUGGUGCUGUUUUCACAAGUUUCCAAUGACUGGUGGCGUGGCAGCAUAGAUGGUCGUGAAGGACUUGUGCCAGACAAAUAUAUUCUUCUCAAAAUCAGGGAUGAGGACAGAGAGAAACUGGAAGGCACCGGGCUGCGUUCCAGCUCAUCAGAGGAAUCCGUACGGCGGCGAGCGUCUGCCUCUGGGUCUGAGGGCUCUGUGCCGUCAGGCUCAGGGUCGUCACCGUCGCCACUGGCUGCUGUCGCACCGUCAGCGUGGCCACUUCCCCUUGCGGACACUCCUCAUCAAGAGAUAGUCAACCAGGUGACUCCAGCAGCAGAAGAACCUCAGGCCCCUGAAGAAGAAAGUACAGAAACGAUGGUCCCUGCUGAUGUGCAAUGCCAGUCACCUCUUCCCAAUGUAAUACAGACUCCAGAAAUGGAGGAAGCUGGUGCCAGUGACAGUGGAGCAACACGGGAGGCCCCAUUAGCAGCAAGCAGCCCAUCAGUUCCUGUUGCUCCCAGCCUCAGCCCACCAGCCGUUGUUAAUUUUUCGCAGAGCCGCGAGAUUUGGCGCCGCAGGGCUGAAGCGGCUUCUGCCUGUUCACUUACACCUAAGCCUACCCAAGCUCCUUCACCUGUCCCGUCACCGUCACCCGUACCGACACUUCGACAGAAACAGACCCCUGAUCUCGUGAUGGACUUGCCUGACAAGUCACCGUCGCCACCCGACGAAAGCAAUCGAAGUACUGGACCGGAAAGUCCAGAUAUGACCACUGCUGCUGAGCGUUUUGCCAAACAGAACCAGUGUACACUUAAAAAGAACACAAAGGUCAGUAGUGUGGCAUCUGCGUGUCCUGCAGCUGGUACCCAGCAACAAACAGAUGCACAGACACAGACACAACGUGCACGUCAGGCUGUGUCUCCUGCAACCAAGCCUGCACCACCACCAUCAAAGCCUCAGGUAAAAGUCAAGCCACAAGUCUUGAGAAAGCCAGUUCUGCCAGCAGCACCAGUUCAACCCUCACCAGAACCCAUUCGUAAGGAUAGGCCUACCUCUCAGGAACAACAUGCAGCUGACUGAAGAGGCUGUAGUUACAGUCAGUUGAAUUGGUGCUAAAUUGUUUGCACUAAUACAGGAAUUAUAUUAUAGUCAUCCUCAAGAUACAGUAAAGAUGUACCUUCAGAUUUCUUUUCAAAAAAUAAAACUCUUGCUUUGUGAACUUGGAUCCACAGCUGCAGUUAUGGCCAUGUACAGACAAUACUCAACAUAUAUGUACUUUGCAGUGUGUCAUGGUGGCCUUGCCAAUUGGUGGUGCCUGGUACUCCCUCCUUGCUAAAGUAAUAUAGUAGUGACAUUUAUGAUAGUAUAUAUAUAUACAUAUAUAUAUAUAUAUCAUCCUCUGUUAGUCUGAAUAAAAAUAAAAGGAUUGCAGAGGUUAUUUAACAUUUUGUGGCAGUAAAGAUGUUUGUUACAUCAAGAUAUUUUUUAUCCUUAAUGUGUGUAAUGUUAGUGAUGUGGCUGUGCUAGUAUUGUGCUGAAUUUUUGAUGUAUGGCUCUUCAUAAAGCAAUCCCUUUCAUAAGCUUUUAUAACUUCCUUAUUGCUGUCUAACUAUGAGUUUAUUUGUAUUCUCUGCCAUUAGUACUUUUCAUCAUAGGCAUCCCUGUCAUAUGUACAAAGGAAAGGAAAGUAACUUUUAACUUUAGUGUUACUAUUUCUUAUUCUUACUAUUCUGUGUAGCAUUAAUCUAAUUCAUAUUUUUUGGUACUCUUGCUUUUCUCAUUUUGUUUCUGAUCCUCUUCGUGAUAAUAAGAGAACUUUUACUUUCAAGGUGCCAUAAAUUUCUCUGUCACAAAUAUAAAUGUGUCACAUUGUGCUUGGCUGUUGUAACAAAAUUGUAAGCUGUUGUAACAAAAUUGUAAGCUGUUCGUAUCCACUAUUUGUAAUAGUACGUACAGUACUUCAAAGCAGUUGUUAACAUUAUAUUAUGAAUGAAAAGUAUGUAAUGGAUAUCAUCAGUAGUUCUUCAGUAUGGGCAUAUUGUGAACUGUCAUUGGUGAAAACCUCUCUCAGAAAAUUUGAUCACUCAUUCGUUUAAAUUCUUGUAUCAACAUAUUUUUCAUCUCACACAGAGCUUCUUGCUAUUCUAGAUUUUACAACAGAAUGUAGCUUUCUUGAUCUUUCUUUCUUACUAAUUAAUGAAUUUUUUCCAACAUUUCUGUCCUUGUUGGUGGGCGAAAUUCGAUAUUUGUGUUUUGUAUUGAACAAAAUGUGUCUCAUGCUUGAUGUUGUUUGAUAACUAUCAUUUUGUUAUAUUAGAGUUAUUUUAAAAGACUGAACUUUGUAAUAAAUAUAUUCACAUAACUGUGUACAAUAAUGUAUGUGCUGAUUGUAGCAUAAAUGUAGGUUUUCUAUUGACACUGUUAUCUGUUUGUGUGUGUGUGUGUGUGUGUGUGUGUGUGUGUGUGUGUGUGUGUGUGUGUGUGUGUGUUUGUGUCACAUUAGAUAGAAUGACAUAAGCUAUCUACUAUGAACUGACAGAAUGGUACUAUUAAAAUUGUCUGAUUUUACAAUAAGUGUAGAGUUGAUGAUAUGUGAUGUAUUUUUGCAUGUUUAUGAAGAUAGUCACAACUUUGUAGUUCCAUUGAACUGGCUUUUGUUAAAUGAAAUGAUCCAACCUCUAGUUCAGUUUUUAUCAGUAUUAUGUACAAAAAUCGCCUAAGAUCAUGAGGCCUAAGUUGAGCCCCUCUUACCUUACAGAUAACUGCUCAAGUGUAUCACAAUUAAAUAUUUUGCUGUAAAUUUCAGUCAGUGAUAUGAACAUUUGCAUGAUUUUGUUAAAAUACAGACAUUUGAUUCUGGUAACACUAUUCUCCUAUUGUAAAUGUGAUAAUUGCUCUUGUUCUUUACUUGGAGAGAUUAUUCAUGUACUCAGUAAUACUUGAAUAUGAUGUAAAAAAAAUUGAGUCAUUUAUGUAAAUUCUGCUUAUACCCAUUCUUUCAUGUGAUACUUAACAUUUCUGUGUAGAAUAAGUUUUUUCUGUUACUUGUAAAAAGAUGUUACUGCAACCACUGUGGAAGAAGUUCAGUGCUGAUAUAAAAUAUUUCCAUGAUUUGUCUUAUUGCCAAAUUAUGAAUUUUUGUUCCAGAAAACAUUUGAAAAUUCCUUAAAACUUUAUUUGGUGAGUGCAGAGACACACCAUAUAUUUUUUUCUUUCUUUUUUCUUUUUAUUAUUUAAGUAGUAGUUACCAGAGAUUAAAAAACACAUUUAUCCCCAAAAUCUUUCAUUGGUUAAGUUUAAUUGUGAAUGAGUGAAUUGUUAACAAUAUUGUUAUAUGAAUUACUUUGUCACCUAAUUUAUACUCAAAUAUAACUGUACAAUAAUCUGUUUCUAAGUAUGCAAAUCUUUCUCUAUGGACUCAACAGCAAUAUGAGAUUAGAUGUGAAAUGAACUAGAUUCUGAAGGGAUUUCACAUUACUUUAAGCUGCUAUUUUUGUGUGUGUAUGGUGUGAUACAUGGUUUCCACUGAAAGAUUUUAUAUGCAGGGAAUUCAUACAGUAUGCAACUUGUAUUACAAUUGCUGGAGGAAUAUGUAUACAUCUAAAUAUAUGUGAACAGUUUCUUAUUUCUGUGUUAUCCAACUCCUGUUAGGAACAGAACAUGGUCAAAAAUAUGUAACAUAUUACCAUUUUCUCUUCUAUCAUAAAAUGUAUUUGCAUGUUACCACUUAAUAAUACCCAUGAGUCCAAGAGGUAGCUUACUUCAUAGGACUGUGUACUCGGAAAGGUUCUAGGAAGAGUUAGUAUACUAUCAGAUGAUAGUACAAAGCCACUUCUGUUAGGAGCUGCAGUGUCAGUUAUUAAUAUUGUUAGCUUGGGGUCAUAGAAGAGAGAGAAAAUUGUUUGGUAUAUAAAUAGAACUGUAAUGGGGCCAGCAGUAAGGCCAUUAAACAUCUACAGGUGAGAUGUGCCACUAUGAUGGAAACAUAAAUAUCUGCCACUCUGAACCCGAAUCAAUUUUUGUAAUAGAGGAAGAGAGAGAUAAAUAAUAACAAGAACACAGACCCAUCAUAUUAUGGGUAGAGUAGCCUUUGUCACUUAGUGACAGACAGAGUUCACAUUCAAUGGAGACUGCUUGCCAUUUCAUUUAUUAGUUUCCAGCAUAUGUUCCUGAGAGACUUGAAACAUAGUUUUUGUUGUAGAAGGAAAACACAUUAAGAAUGUAUUUAGGACCUUAAAGAAGAUAUGAAUAUUUUAUGUUACUGUUUUUAAAUUACCAUGAUAAGAAAAAAUUAAAAGAACUUCCAAAAUAGCUUUCUGUUCACAGACCAGCCUUAUUAUUGUUUGGUAAUAGUAUGUCUCUCCAGGAUUUUUUCCCUGUCUAGUCUUUUUAUAGAUCAUCAUCAAAAUAUUAUGUUGAAAUAAGGUUCUCCCUUUUCUACUUACUUCUGAAAGACAAAGAUUUUUGUCAACUGAUAAUUUGUUGGCACCGAUCAGAUUUUUGAAAAUGGAUUACUUCAUAUCAUUUCAGAGAUUUUCCUUGCAAAUGUGUUAUUGAAAUCUAAGUGACUCAUUCUGUCUGCUGUACCCUUUCCUCAGUUUGAUACAAAGACAUAGGUUUACAGGGAAUUUGGACAACCCAUCUUAAAAGUCUACAACAUUAUUGUCUGCCAAAUUAUUUCCAACCUAUAUAAAUUCUGUUCACUGAAACAUUGUUUUGCAGUAACCCAACUAAUACAAAGGAUACUGUAAAAGGUGACUAGAGAUUUGAUAUAUUGUUACAUCUGAAAAGAUUUUUGAGAGACCAUUACCAGUCACAAAUAUUUUUGUUGACUAGAUAUUAAAGUUGGUCUUCAGUCUUGGCAUUCGCUGUGGCCAUCUAUGUUCAUAUGAAAUGGCCGUCUCCUAGUGGCAUGUUCAGUUACUUCCAUGCCUCCAUAGAACUUGUUAAGUACAGUUUAUCAACUUGCAAAGGAACUUAAAACACAUCAAUGCAAUCAACUCUAAAACUUUAAUACCUAUGUUUAUUUGUGUUAACUGUUUUUCGUAUUGUCACUGUAGCAUAAAGAUGAGGUUUUACCUUGAAAGAAGUUGCUUUAUUACAUAAUUGUGGCAGCUGACAAAAAUUUGUGACUGGUAGGAGUCUCCAAAAAACUUUUCCAUAUUUUUGAAACAGUCAUGGUUCAUUAACACUUAAUAUCUCUUUAAAUUGUUACAUCUUAUGCCAAAGCCAUUAAAACAUACACAUUCUGACUUGCCUGACCAAGGAAGGCAGUGUUGAUAAUUCACUUGUCAGCAUAUGAAUUGCUUCCGACAGAGAGAAAAAAUAAUCAAGCUCUGUUGGGAAGGGUAUUUUACAUGGUGGAUCACAGACUACUUUGAGAUGAAAAGAUUAUUCUUCUGCAGUUGUAUGUGUGUCACUCCCUGACCUCAGGAAGUAAAUUUCAUUUUUUUUUUAUAAGUGUGUUUUAUAACCUGUGUCACUUCUCAUGUAUCACCGAGUGCAGCCUUUAUACCUUUCCAAAAUAUUUGGUUUAUUAUGUCAAGUUCAUUAAGAAGAAAAACACCCAUUUUGGUUGCAGUUGGCAUGUACAUAAAUAGAGGCCACUGUCGUAUGGCUAUAAUGUGUACAAUUACCAGAACUAGUCAAAAAGCUUAGAGCUUAUAUCAGUAACCAAAUUGACUGAAUGUAAUAAUCACACUUUAUGUCAUAACAGAAAAUAUCUUUAAAGAUUGUUGAAACACUCUUGAAAUUUCUGCUAGUGUUUUUGCUCACAAUGCGAAGAUCCUAUACUUUAUUAUGCAUAACUUAAAUCUUUCAUUGUUGCAGAAUUUUCAGGUGAUACAUGUUUAUUCCUACAACAGAGUAUUGUAACUUGAUAUACACAGUGGUAAUAAGCUGAUAAAUUUUGGUGUUAUUGUAUCUUCAGUUAAAUAACAUUUAAUGGUGAGAUGAUUGCUUGACGUAAAAUAUUCAGUGAAAUAGAGAUUCAUGCUUAAACCAUUACAGGGUAACAACUGAAUAAAUGCUGUAUAAUGUUCACGGUAGUUGCUGUGUGUGAUAUGAAGGAAACUUGUGGCCUGCAACAUAUUAGUUACACUUCUGUUCUGCUGAUUUAUACGGUGCUCUGAAUAAUGUGAUGAUGUAAUAGACAUCAACACAGAAAUAAAGAUUUUGGCAAGAAGCAAUAUGUAUGGAGGGCCCACUGACGUGGUCAGUGUGGGUACAUUAUGAAAAAUUGGGGGGGGGGGGGGGGGGGGGAGUUAUUUAAAUUGAAUUCAUGUAAUUACCAGUGCAUUUGGAACCGACUAAGGAAAGGACUUACCUCAGAAUUUAAUAAUUUACUCAGUUCAAUUUUAUCACCAUUUUCUCAACCAUCCCGCUUUUCCCUCCCUUUUUGUCUCUCUUUCUGUUUCCUUUCCACUAAGUUCCUAAUUGCAUUAUGCAUUCCACUUUUCAUUUUUCUUCUUCUUUAAGCCAGCUUUACUUUUCACUGUGUUCCUUCUAUCAUUUCUAAACUGAAGGUGGCACUGUGUUUCUCUUCAACCCCCCCCCCCCCCCCCCCCCCCACUUUUUCUGAUGUCUUCCCUUCUUCUUAGUCUCUCUUAUUGUUAUGACUGUUGGGCUCUCUCAGUCUGGGGUCUCCUUUCCAUCACCCCACAACCAAUGCCUCCUUCCUCUCGAAGGAAUGAAUGUUUAAGUUUCAAGCUAAUAGUUGCCCCUAGUAUUUACAGGGCCCUCCUUACUUUCCAGCUCUUCGUAAGUAAAGGAAUGCAAUGAUGUAAAGGACAUUUGAUUCUUUUUGUAAUAGAUUUUUAGUAAAUCUUGUAAAAAUGGUUUAACAAUUGUUGUUAAUUACUGUAAAAUUUUCUAUGUUUUUGUAUUAUGUCAUUGCUCUUGUUGCUUUUUCCUGACAAUUUGGCUCUGCUGUUGAAGUUUCCUUCCUGGUAUGGCUGUGACUGUCAGAUUAGGCCCCGGCAGAAGAUUAGCAGUGGGCUUAAACACCAGUAGAGGACAAGGAGAACAAUAAUGUUCAGACACCUAGAACACUUUUUGAUACUUGGCUGUGCAACAUAUUAGGUAGUUACUGUUAUCUUGUUAAAGACAGUAAUUUGGCUGCAUUGACUUCAGCCAAUUCAGACACCAUUGGUGAUGAUGACAGGUAUUGCACAGUUGGCCUCCAUAACUAGCACAUUUUGUAACUAGUGAACGUAGUACUUUACAGAACUAAUGACCCAACUCUUCACCUUUUUAACAUAAGGCCAAACUUAAUUCUAUAAACUAUUUUAUUGUAAUUACAGAGUUCCAUAUCACUGAUCUGUUUUUCAGAAGAUCUGUUCAGUACUAUGGGAAAUACUAUUCACAAAUUUUGCAAUUGGUUCAACUGCUCAAUUGACAAAAGUAUUGGAUAGUAACUAAAAGCAAGUUUUUUAAGUUUUUUAUGUCCACCCCCCAAAACAACUUACAUGUUGUCUAUUUAAAGUAAACACCAUUUUUAUUUUUCUUUUUUUAAGUUUAUGUAAAAUUAUGGCUGGAGUGUGGAGCAAGUAAGAGGAAAUUUCACGCUACUUCAUAUAGAUAUGUUUCAAGAAAUAAUGAAUUUGGGAUGUCAGGGGCCGAACAAUGACAGAUAAAUACUUUCAGAGUUUAGUUCAUUCUACCUUUAAUAGAUUUUGUUAUUACUGUAUUGAUACUACUAGUAAAGACUCAAAAUCAAAGAUCUGAAAUACCUACAGGAUUUUAUAUCUGCAUACAGAUUUGCUUUACUAUCCAGGUGGAGAAUUACAGAAUGUUUCAUAGUCGUGAUCAGAAGGAAACAUUUAUAUGUCAAAUUAUAUACAAAUUUGUUUUGUAUGCUGACUUUUUUCCCUACAUGACUGGAAAGCCUGUAAUAUAGUAUGUAUUUAAGUUAGAACUAAUCCAAAGUAUGCUGUAGAUGCUUCAUUUACGUAUACCCUCCAACAUUCAACGAAACUUGUAUUUUUUAAAUAUUUGCCUUUUUAGACUUUUGUAAUGUGUGUAUAUCAUUGUACCAAUGUUAAUAAGGGAACAUAACACCAAAGUUAAUAUAAAUUAUAAUCAAUGAAUAUUUUGGACAAUUGUAAUUGUGUAACUGAUGGAAUCAGCUUCCAAGUUCAGUAUUAUUCAUUGUAGAGGAAUGAUGGAAUGUGUUUUAUAUUAUGUAUUUUUAAUGUUGCCAUUAUUCGGGCAGCUGUCCUUUGUUUAUACAACUAACUGUAGCAUUUGGAUAUGUAUACUACUUCAGAGUUCAAGCUGUAAGUAUGUAAUAAACUAAUCUGAAGUUGAAUGCCAGUUUGUUUUUCCAUCCUCUAUUGUACCUGUAAGCUCAAGAAAAGCUGUGUAACUGUACUUGAAUGAUGUGGAUAUUGACAAAAGAUAGUGGGAACUACAUGUACCAAAAGGAAAAUUCACUUGAGAUAAUUUAACAAAAAAUUGAGGCAGAAUUGCUGUCAAUUUUUUACUUUAAGGCGAU